AUGAAGCAUCUUUUCCGGAGAAAACGACUCGGUCUGCUGAGUCUCUCCUUGUUCUUCGCCUCUCUCCUCUUAAUCCAUAAACUCAAACUCCCCGAGAAGAACGGCGUGAUCCAAAACCGGGCGUUCGGACCGCGCAGCCUUCCGUUCUGGGACGCGCAGACACUCAACUGCAGCGAGGACGACGCGGUGAAAAGCGAGAACUGGUUUCAAAAAUUGGACCCGAGGUUUCACCAAUUCGUCCUACAUCGACACUGCAGGUACUUUCCAAUGCUUAUCAACCACCCGGAGAAGUGCAAGGACCAAGUGCAUCUGCUCAUGGUGGUGAAAUCCGUCAUCGAGCAGCACGACCGGCGCGAGGCGGUGCGCAAAACCUGGGGGAGAGAAUAUAAAGCCAACGGGAAUAAGAACAUCAAGACUGUAUUUCUUUUAGGGAGCCCUUCCAUCGGCAAGGAUGCUAAGAACCUGCAAAAACUGAUCGAGUACGAGGACCAGAUCUACGGGGACAUCCUGCAAUGGGAUUUCAUGGACACGUUCUUCAACUUGACUCUCAAAGAAGUCAACUUUCUCAAGUGGUUUCACAUCUUCUGCCCGGAUGUGGAGUUUAUCUUCAAAGGUGACGACGACGUCUUCGUCAACACAGAGAACUUGCUGGAUCUCAUCGGUUUCAAAGUGGAGGAGAACCGAGACGCCGCUUUAUUCGUCGGGGACACCAUCUCCAAGGCCAUCCCCAUCCGGAACAGGCAGAGUAAAUAUUACAUCCCCAAGGAACUCUACGAUAAGCCGUAUCCACCAUACGUAGGAGGAGGUGGGUUCCUCAUGUCCUCCGAGCUGGCCAGGAGGCUCUUCGCGGUUUCACAAGAAUUGGAGCUGUACCCCAUCGACGAUGUAUUUUUGGGAAUGUGUCUUCAGAAGCUUGGCAUCAGCCCGGAGAUGCAUUCCGGGUUCAGAACCUUCGGUAUCACCCGGCGCCGGGUAAGCGCCAUGAACAGCGAUCCGUGCUUUUACAAGAACCUCAUCGUGGUGCAUAAACUGAGCGUGCAGGAGCUUCUCAAGAUGUGGAAGCUGGUGCAAAGGGAAGAACUGGUUUGUGCGCAGAGGACUUCCAUAUGA